CAUGUGACAACGGAGGGCCCUCCAAGCGAGUUUAUAAGCUCAGUGGUUGAGGCAAGUGGCUGGUUUGGGAUUCACUGCUAAUAUUGCUUAGUCACAAUUAAUAUAAAAUUAAUAUAAUCAUUUUGACCUUUAUAAUAAAUUAGAGCAACUGCAAUCAAAUAUGAUUAGACUAGCGUUGGAACACGCAAAGAAGCAUCCAGGGCUCAUCCCCCAGUUCCUUGUCAUCUUGUUGGGAAUAGGAGGAGCCUCCACAUAUUUGUUCCGUCUUGCAAAUGGGCCCCAUGUUAACUGGAACAAGAAGAACAACCCUGAGCCCUGGAAUCAACUUGACCCUACCUACCAGUACAAGUUUUUGGCCAUAGACACAGACUACAAGAACCUGAAGAAGGAGGGACCUCAGUUCUGAGUAUCUUUCCUCCUGUCCUAAUGGCACAAGGUCCAGCCCACCUUACUGCAGUCAAUGUAAAAAGCCUUCGGUCAUAUUGUGCCUAUCAGACAUGUGCAUAGCAGCAGUAACACACAUGUUAAACUGCUGUUGUAGUGGGAAAAUAAAGUUAACGAAAUGUGAACGUUGAAGGCCAGUGCUGAAGGUCCGUCUAACCACUUGCUGACGCCAGCCUGGCGUGUUGAUUCAAAAUUGUCUUGUUUGAUUUGUUUCAAUAUUUUAUAAAGAGCUGUGAAUUUUGAUUACGUGAUUGUACUGUAUGAGUUAUGGAUUUUUUGUUGUUACAGGGAAACUGUUAUUCUGUCUGUUUUGACGUGGGGUGACUAGUUUAGAGAAUGUGUGUGAUGUUUUAUGCCUUUUGAUUACAUGUUUUGGGCCAUGCAAAGUGAUGUUAAUUAUAGGCGCGUAGGCCUACUGAUAUUUGCCGCUCUGGAAAUAAUACAAGUUUGGUUGAAACCUAUGUUAAUGGCGACAUUGUAAAUCAAGCACCUGACAACCUCCAGUUUGUCAGUGUAUUUGUAUGCUUUUAGACUUACUAUUUUGUAUUGGUUUUACAUUGAAGACUUCUAAUAUGUAGCCUCUGCCAUUUGUAUUCUUUAUUGCUUAACUGUAAUGAACCUGAUUACUUUUAAUUUUAUAUUUAGCCUACUGUAGUCCUCAUAUUUCAAUGUUAUAUUGUAUUUUUUUUUUGGUCGAACCGAUAGUCGUUAAAUACACUACACAGCAUAAAUGCCUGGCUUCUACUGUGCCUUCUCUGAUAGACUCAUUUAGUACAAUGAUAGAAAUAUGAUUGUCAGGACCAGCUCAAGAUAACGCUCUCCUUCGACAAAUGUAGGUGUACUUAGUGUUUCGAGUGGUGAUGCAAGCAAGGCUCGCUACCUUGGCUAGGUGAUUUACAUUUCCUCCUUUUAAUGAGUUGAGAUCUGUCGGACAUUUUCCACCUGACCUAAUUAAAGCGCCCCUGGCCCAGCUGAGCAAGUGGCAAUAAAUUAAAGGACGAUUCCGCCAACUCCGUGGGCCUUUCUACAAUUUCCGUCUGUUAACAAGCCUUUUUGUGGGGAGAAACUCAUUCUGAUUGGCUGGGCCUGGCUCACCAGUGGGUGGGCCUAUGCCCAGUCAUGUGAAAGCCAUAGAUUAGGGCCUAAUUAAUUUAUUUCAAUAGACGUAUUUCCCGUGUAACUCAGUAAAAUUGUUGCGUUUUAUAUUUUUGUUCAGUAUAGAUCAAAGCUGAAUCAAUGUCUUGGAAGAUCACUUAAUGAUUAAUUUUCACUGGGCACAGACAUCAAUUUAACAUCUAUUCCACAUUGGUUCAACGCAAUUUCAUUUAAAUGAUGUAGAAACAACGUGAGAUUUAACCAGUGUGUGCCCAGUGGGUUAGUAUUUUACAUAACAUAACCAAAUAUAACAGCAUAGUAUAACAACACUUAAACCAAAGAACACCAUGGAAUUUCUUAUGAGAUUUUAGGAUGAUGAGCUGAAUAGUAAAACAAAAUGUCAUGUGUCCAAAACUCAACAGCACCACUGGGCUUUGAUAAAGAUAUACAGGAAGGCUAUAGGCUAUAAUUUGUUAACACCAUCUGCUGUAAUUUGCCCACGAAACAGUAAUUCAAGAAGAUCUUAAUGCAUAUUCCAAUUAAAAUGAUUGAGAUCAAA